AUGAAAAUAACCCGAAAGCAAAAUGCUGCAAGUGGAAACAGUAUCGCGGUGUCAGACAAACUGCGUAUAGAUCAUUCGGACGUACAAACUUGGUUUUCAGAACCAAUUUCGAGCCGUAUCGAUCAAGUCAAAGACUUAAGAAAGCUGGAUUAUUUAAAUGAUGUGAACACUGUUUUGUUGGUCGAUGGAUUUGCGGAAUCGAAUUAUGUACAGGAGAGGCUCAGAGAUGAAAUUCCCGGAAUUUCUCUGAUAGUUCCUGAAGAUGCCGGCUUGGCGGUUCGUAAAGGAGCAAUGAUAUUUGAACACAAUCCAGACGUAGUGGCAGCACGCGUGAUGUACGGCGUUGCUGUUAAUAUAACGUUUGAUGAAAAGAAACACCCAUCUGAAGUAAAACAACUAUAUACAGACGAAUGGUGUGUGUUUAACCGUUUUAAAAUCUAUGUUAAUGCGAACGAGGAGAUCAGCGUCGAUCGUGAGGUAGUUCGUCACUUUAUUGCUUUUGCAAAAGAAACACUAAUUCGUGUAUACAGAACCAAGUCGGAUAAGCCGAUAAACACUACGGAAGCCGGUUGUGAGCGUCUUGUUACAUUCAGGAUCAAUAACACCGACAGUGUAUCGUUAAGCGAUCAGAGAAUCGAAGUACACUUUAUGUUUGGCCGCACUGAGCUGCUUAUAAAGGUUAAACGUUCGCUCACGGGGGAAGAAAAACACUUGCCUUAG